AUGCCGACGCCUGUGGUGCCGCACUCGGGCCGGGAAGGGGCGGAGCCUUGCGAGGCUCAGCAGGAAGCUCCCAGGACCUGGAAUGCGGGCCAGAACUCCCUGCUUACCACACCACAUAUUACAGGUGUCCAGCAGGUGGCGGGCUGGCGACACGGCUCCCAGAGCCCGGAGGAGCCCAGCUCAGGGGCGCUGCUGCUGCGGCUGCGACUGCGGCUGCGACUGCAGCUGCAGCUGCUGCUGCAGGGAGAUCACCCUGGAUUUGCAGCUGCCAAGCUCAUGGCCAAGGAGGUGCAGGCGGCUUUGUCACCUACAGUGCCCUCCGCUCGGGUCAGGGAGCAUCUGUCGCUCUACAUCACGGACAAGGAGAAAGUAGCUUUGGCGUUUCCCACCAGUGGGAAGGGAACAUCAAAUGCAAGCCAGAACUUCGGCUCCUUGGUGAGGUCCGCAGGCCCACUGAUCUACCCCCGGGAGCUGGUGGAAGCCAGGACUUUCCAGUAUAGGAGCUCUUUCUACUCCUCCUGUGCCCCCUUCCACUCUUCCUGUGGCCCUGCCUAUGGUGCCUGUGGCCCUGCCCAUUCCUCCUGUGUCCAUGGCCACUCCUCCAGCUUCACUGACAGCCGAGCGGGAGCCCCGCGGGGUCGCUCUGCCCCGCCCUCCUCCCGCAGGCAUCUGUUGCUUACGCAGGCCUUCGGGUCCAGGCUGAGCCGGCCCGCCCCGCCCCCGGCCUGCGGGGGCGGCGACACCGCCGGCGACGUGGCCCGGGCCCGGCCAAUGGGGCUGGCGCUCGGGCUGGCGCUGGCGCUGGCGCUGGCGCGGGCCAAGCCCACGGUGCGCAAGGAGCGCGUGCUGCGCCCCGACUCCGAGCUGGGCGCGCGGCCGCCCGAGGACAACGGCAGCUUCCAGUACGACCACGAGGCCUUCCUGGGCCGCGAGGACGCGCGCGGCUUCGACCAGCUCAGCCCGGAGGAGAGCAGGGCCCGGCUGGGGAAGAUCGUUGACCGAAUUGACAGUGAUGGGGAUGGUUUCGUCACCACCGAGGAGUUGAAAGUCUGGAUCAAACGGGUGCAGAAAAGGUACAUCUACGACAAUGUCGCCAAGGUCUGGAAGGACUACGACAGGGAUAAGGACGGCAAGAUCUCCUGGGAGGAGUACAAGCAGGCCACCUACGGCUACUAUCUGGGGAACCCUGAGGAGCUCCAGGACAGCUCCGAUCACCACACCUUCAAGAAGAUGCUGCCCCGGGAUGAGAGGAGGUUCAAGGCGGCGGACCUGGAUGGGGAUCUGACAGCCACCCGGGAGGAGUUCACUGCUUUCCUGCACCCUGAGGAGUUUGAGCACAUGAAAGAAAUUGUGGUUUUGGAAACCCUAGAGGACAUCGACAAGAACGGGGAUGGCUUUGUGGACCAGGACGAGUACAUAGCUGACAUGUUUUCCCACGAGGAUGGUGGCCCUGAGCCAGAUUGGGUCUUGUCGGAACGAGAGCAGUUUGGUGAGUUCCGGGACCUGAACAAGGAUGGGAAGCUGGACAGGGAUGAGAUCCGCCACUGGAUCCUUCCCCAGGAUUACGACCACGCACAGGCCGAGGCACGACACCUGCUGUAUGAGUCCGACAAGAACAAGGACGAGAAGCUCACCAAGGAGGAAAUCCUGGACAACUGGAACAUGUUCGUGGGCAGCCAGGCCACCAACUAUGGCGAGGACCUCACAAAGAGCCACGAUGAGCUCUGAGGCCCACUGGGCCUGUGCCGUUCUGGGCAGUGGCCGCCGUGCUCGACUUACGUGCCUGAGUCCCCAGCAGAGUGAGUCUGUGCCUCAGAGUGGGGUAAAAACCAUUUCUCACUCAGUACUGACUAGAAGAUGGUCAGCACUAUUUUUUUCAGUGUGAUUCAAAGCACAUUAAAAUCCUGCUAGAUGGCCAGGAUCUGUUAUGGGGAUCCCCAGCGAUGGCACGCGUUUUUCAGGUUUUCUUUUUCUGCUAAGUUUAGAUGAGAGGGAAUAGGACUAGGGAAAGCCCAGUUACCAGGAGCUGAUGGCUGCGCCCGCAGGCAGAGCGUGCUGCCAGUGUGAGCUGUCAGGCCUGCUCUACUUGCCAUUGUUAAGCUGCGGGCCGGGCAAGUUCUGAGGCCCGAAGGCGGGUCGUCCUCGGUAGGCUUACGGUGGAGCAAGCCGAUGACCCAUGUUCCUCCUUUUCCUUUGUCCUCAGAGCUAAUACUGUAAUCACCUAUGAAAUUCUUUUCUGUACAGACCUGCUAAGGUACACGAUUGACCCGCAUCUUUGUGGUUUUUGUGGGUUUUUUUGCUUUUAUAAGAAACAAUCAUGAAAGAUAAUGUGAACGAGAAAGGAAUUUUACAGGUUGUUAAAAAAAAAAUAAAAGCAUGUCAUGCCCCAAAGAACAGUAGGACACUGGUGAACACUUUCCAUAUACCUGAGAACGUUUUCUUCACCUGUGCAGCAGGCAGGCCUGAAACAGUGGCUAGAAUGAUCCAUCCCCUCAAGAUCCUGGGUCCCAGGGAGGCCAUGCGGAGCACGCAGAUCCCAGCCUCUGGGACCCUGACUCGGGCCUGCUGCAGGGUUGCCUUUGUCAAGGCCUGCCGUUGGUGGGACAGGCAGAAACCAUGGGUACAGGCUGAUGUUACACCUUCUGAGGAGGGAGGGAAGGAAAUAAAGGACCUGCUUGAGGCCCUC